GAGCGGCCGGAGAGGUGGCUCGUUAGUUGGUGCUUUUGGCUCGUCUGUCGGGGCUGCAGGGAGCAGCUCCACGCCCUGUCUAACGGGAUCUGUCGGGCUCUGCAUCCUGCACACCUGCCUGCUCAUUAACCAGCGAUUUUAUCGCACGUCUUGCUCUCUGACGCGGGAGUUGGACGCAGGUAGUAAUAAGGCAUUGCUUUAACCGAAGCCAGACUGGUUGCAGCUGGGAGGAUACAGUAAUCGCACCACCUUUUGUCUUCCCUACCUGCAUCUGGACGUUGUACUGCCGCUGUCUGGCACCCUCAGCUUGUUUAUAGGUGUCCUUUCUACCAAGGCUUGAGAUAAACCCUCCAUUCUCCUUGCCACCAUCAUGGGCACGGUACUGUCUCUGUCCCCAUCAUCUGGGAAAGCUGGGCCCUUGGAUGACAAGAAACCAGAGGCCCCAGGGAUCGGAGGUGGAUAUUCCGCCAUCCCCAACAGCAAAAAUGGAGGCAGCAAAUCGGAGAAGAGCCUCAAGAGACAUUCUGUGCUCAUUUCUGCCCUGACUUGGAAGCGGCUUGUGGCAGCUUCUGCUAAAAAGAAAAAUGCCAAAAAGAUCAACCCAAAUCCAGGUCCUAUUAAUGGCCCUCUGCUUCCCAACAACAAUAACCCAGUGGAGCAGCUGAACCAUGAGAAUCUGCGCAAGUCCCAGGUCAGCCCUGGGCGCAGGGAGCCCAAACCGGUACCAGUGCCCACGGUGCCCCCUGGCUCCUCCGAGGGCCAGAAAAUGCAACACCAGUUGGUGGCGGUGCAGAAACAGGCAAGUGGUCGGUCUCUGUGCUCCCCACGUCGGGUUAUAGUUCAGGCAUCAACUGGGGAACUCUUACGUUGCUUGGGUGAGUUUGUAUGUCGCCGUUGCUACCGGCUAAAGGAGCUGAGCCCUGGGGAGCUCACCAUGUGGUUUCGUAACGUCGACCGGGCCUUGUUACUGCAGGGUUGGCAAGACCAAGGCUUCAUCACUCCGGCCAACCUGGUGUUUGUCUACCUUCUCUGCCGAGAGGCCAUUGGCGACGAACUGGCUACUGAAUUUGAGCUCCAGGCCUGCUUUCUCACUUGCCUUUACUUGGCCUAUUCCUACAUGGGCAACGAAAUCUCCUAUCCCUUGAAGCCCUUUUUGGUGGAGACGGAUAAAGAAGUCUUCUGGCAGCGCUGCCUGAGCAUCAUUGACCGUAUGAGUGCCAAAAUGCUGCAGAUCAACUCUGACCCCCAUUUCUUUACACAGGUCUUCCAAGACCUGAAGAACGAAGGAGAGACCAGAGAACCCAGUGGGCACUGGACUAUAAAUCUGGAUCGUUAGGGUGGAGGUAUGGGGGGGGCGGGUGGCCGGGUAGAAACAGUUUGAGGACCGUUCUAGAACACAAACCAACAAAUAUCCACGAUCAACUUGUAGAAUGGAGCCGAGUCCAGUCCAACAGGCUGCCGAGACAGACACUUGAAAUAUUGGUUGUAUUGCUCUUUAGACAUGGAUCUGUUUAGAGUGCCAUUUGGCAGCCUAUUUUUUGGGUGCUUCAGACCAUACAAAUGUUUAUUAGAAUAGGGGACUGCAGUGAUUUACUGACUCCGCUGGUGAGAAUGGGUUAAAAUACAGACCUCUUUCCUGCAGCUAAGUGUUGUUGAACUAUAACUCUCAUCAUCUUUAGGCAGACAGAGGCUGUUGUAGUUCCCAGAAUUCAAGCAACCCAUCUCCGUUGUUUCUUUUGAUUUGCAAACUGACGCUAGUAACAUGCCCCAAUCAUUCAGCUCCGUUGUAUCACCCCCAUUGCACAUAAUGUUGGUGAUUUCUUUCUUUUGGGGUGGGGGGGGGGGCACUUAUCAUUGGGCUAUUAUAUCACCCCUUUGCCACUCUCUAAAAUCUUAACCUUUUCAUUGUUACAAUUCCAGGCACUUUCCACCUUGAUACUGGUGUCUGUUAUUAAAUAUCCGACACCCCCUUAAGAGAAGGGCAGCACUGUACUCCCUAUCCAUUCACUAAUGGGUGUAAUUGGUGAAUUCUAUAGCUUAAGGAAUGGGGGGGGGGGGGCAUAGACAAAUAUGUAUAAUCUAAAGAACAGUCUCUGUGCUACUGUGAAUCACAGUACAUAAGAGGGGUGGGGGCUUUCUAUAUUUUUCUAGACGGGCAUGUUGGGUGUUUUCAUAUUCUUUUCAUUUUAUUACAAGGUGACAUUUCGUUCUAUGGCCAUUCCGUCUAGUCGAGCAGUCAGCUGAUGUUUGCUGUAUCCCCCUAUGUCUUGCAGAGGAUGAUGGGAGCUGUAGUCCAACCCUUGAGCUAAAGCAGCCCUAGGCUGCCAAACCCCUGACCAAAAGGUUUGUCCUGUUUUCUUGUCUCCGAAGAAUCUGACCAAGGGGAACGUUCCUUGGUGCUCAACUAUUCAACAUUACAUUGCAGAUAUAGCCUCAUAGUAUAUAUGAAUGUAACUGGAAUGGAACACACACACACACACACAGUGUCGCAAUAUUGUCUGACAAUGAAGCUGUUCAAUGUGCCAACAGUGUUCAAAUGUACAAAAAGCGUUAUUGUUUUAUAUUGUAUAUUUAA